AUGCACGGCCUUGUCCGUGUCGCCGCUUUCCUCGUCGCCUCCGUGUCGGGCUCGCUGCUGGCAGUGAUCGUGCUGCAGUAUCGAGAGAUUCUCGAGAGCAGCGAGCACCUGGCUACACCGCCAGCCAGAUAUGCACUACUGCGGUCGGCCAGCUACCAGGGCUGGCUGUCCAACUUGGGUAUGGAGCGCGCGGCCAGCGGGGCCACCAGCGAGGCACGCCUGCUGUACGAACGCGUGCCCGUGCUCUGCUUGGUCCGCGCCACUUCCGCGCAGCAGGCGCGAUCGGUGCUCAACACGUGGAGCCGCCGCUGUAACCGGGCAGUGUUCUUCGGGGGCCUGUCGGACCCGCACGUGCCCGUCGAGCGGGUGUCUGGUGGCGCGUGCGCGCUCUUCACGCGCGUGCUGGCCAAGCACAGCGGCUCGUUCCGCUGGGUGCUGCUCGUGGACGACGAGGCGUUCGCCGUGGUGGAGAACCUGCGCUUCUACGUGGCCCCAUUGAACGCCAGCGACAUCCACUACCUGGGCCACCCCGUGCGAUGGGGAUCCGCCUUCUACAACGCGCUGGCGGCCGGCGUCGCGCUCAGCGAGGGCGCCGUGCAGGCGCUGCGCCACCGCUGCCGUGCUGCAGCGUCGUCCGAGGAGCUCGAGCGGUCGGUGGCCGCCGCGCUGCCCGGCACCCCGGUGGACACGCGUGACCCGCUGCUCCGAGGCCGUUUCAACCCGUUCUCCGUCGAGGAGAUGAUAGUGCCCGGGUCCGUGGCGUACGGCCACCCACACCGGCGUUCAAGCCUCUUCCGCAGCCCCGAGGGGGGACGCUGCUGCAGCCAGCAUGCAAUCACCUUUCACGGAGUGAACCCGGUGGACAUGUUCCUGCUUGAAUACCUUGUGUACGGGCUACAUGUUGGGUCUGGGGGUGGUCUUUCCCCAACCAGCAGUCCACCUGCCAAUGCCCCCAUGGAGCUUGCGAACCUUCUCAGGGGAAAAGCCUUUGUCAAGCCAUACGGAAUUAUUGCUGGCACCUUCUGAAGGCAGUGCUGUGCUAAAAAGUGAUUGCAGGAUACAACAGUUCUUGCCUCACUUGAUGUUCAUGCAUAACUCCUUUGCUUAGUUGUGCCUUAUUUUUAUGACCAAUUGCUCAGCACUGUAAAUGUCCAUGUAGUCACACAUGCAAGCUUAGCCAGGUUAGAAAUACAUGUGAUGUGCAUGGAAACCACGCAGAGCUCAAAAAUAGUGUAAAAUGUCUUGUAAAUUGUCAUUAGAGCUUUAGAUUAGGGGACGCAAGCAGCUUGUGUAUGCAACUAGGGGGCGACAGUACUGCGCAUGCGUAGUACUGUGGCCCGUGGUUCUUGCGCCCCCUAAUCUGAAACUAUUAUUAAUGGAUGUGUAAGUGCUGCCCUUUCUUUUUUUUACAUGGAGGAAGAAAAGCUUAGAAGAUGCCCUGGCAAUAUCUAUUUCAUUGGAGAAAGUGCAGCAGAGGUCAUGCAUCUUGGUCGCAAAGGAGCAUUGAGACUGGUGGUCCAGACAGCAGUGUUAUAGCAACCACAUCUUGGGUCACCCAGCGACACGAGCAAAUGCACACACACAAUCAUUAUCAGCAAUUAGUGAGUCUGUGCCUCCGCAUCUUGCACGACGCUAGCAUGUGCUAUGCUGCAAGACUGCCCAGAACUUUUCCUUUGACAGCAUGUCCUCCAAUCAUUUUAACACAAGCUUUGUUGCACAGCAUGGUGGCAGAACACGAUUGGGCAAAGGCUAGCUAGCACUGACAAGAGGGGGGUAGGGAGGAAAGGAAAGGAAUGAGGAGCAUUGGGGGCUCUCCAUGCCUUUUUAUAACAUCGUGCUGUGCAGCCGUUUUGAACUGUGCACUACUGUUCCCUACACUUUCUGCUAGACCAUUUUAUCAGAUUGGUGCAGGAAUGACGAGACCCUUUCCCUGUCGCGACAGUCCGAUUUUUUGUUUCUCCUUUACAUUUUGGCAUUACACAAUGCGAAAUCUGGAAUCGGCACAGAAGCAUAUGGUUGUAACCCAAUGCAGCAACCCUCUCAGCUGGGUCUCUUCACUGGACAUAUUGGCCUCUGUGUGUAGGAGUGAAUGGUUGGCUGUUGGCUGUUGUGAAAUACAUUGAAGUAGUGCCUUACUAA